CCGAGCGGACGUUACACUUACGCGAGUGCGUGGAGACGUGCUUAUGUUCAUUUAGUGAUAUAUGUUGGAACUUUUUUUUGGAGAAAUACGGAUGUAACACCGUAGAAUACACAUGGAAUUAUAUAUGAUGUGAACUGAACAAUGGUGACGUCACAAGACCGUACGACUGCAGACGGUAUUCGUCAUGUAACAACUUAACAUGCAUCCUAAUAGUCUAGCCCUGUAUAUUACCAGCCUGCUGUGGCUUAAUUUGAUAGAUGCUAAAAUUGGAUACUUUUGGCAUAUCACAGAUCUUCAUUAUGACCCAUUUCACAACUCUCCGGAGUUUCAUAAAGGAUGCCGACACAACCGUGCAAAUGUGGAGCAUAAUCACCGCAAUGGGCGACACCGCGAUCACACGUGUGACAGCUCUUGGCCGCUGAUACAGAGCGCCGCCGCUCUUAUGGCUGAAAGACAUCCCGAUACAUUGGAGUUCGUGUUAUGGACAGGGGAUAUCCUGUCAUCUUCAAUGGAACACUUAAGUGAGGAAAUCAAACUGGAAGCAGUUAGAAAUGUGACCGAUAUUCUGAGCAGAACAUUUAGCAGCCAGUUCGUGUUCCCAGCUUUAGGACAUAAUGACCCACCGCCUUCAAGGAAGUUGGUAGAUAUGUGGAUGCAAUGGUUGCCCACGGAAGCGUUACAGACCUUUGAAACUGGCGGUUACUAUACAAUAGAGCAGUCGCACAGCAAAUUGCGUAUCAUAGUGCUGAACAGCGUGCUGUGGGCGGGCGGGGCGGCGCGCACGGAUGGCCCGCACCGUGGUCGAGCGCAAUGGGAAUGGCUCGAACAUGUCCUCAGUAAAGCCAGGCGGAAAAAUGAAAUGGUAUAUCUAGUAGCGCAUGCUGGUCCAGGGGUAGAAGAGCGGCAUAAUGCUGGUAGUGCUUCAGCUGCGGGCGGAGGAGAACUUACUCCGACUGCUAAUGCACGAUUACUGCAUGUUAUUAGAGCAUUCAGUGACGUCAUCGCUGGACAAUUUUACGGCCACCGACAUGCUGACACGUUCCGACUUAUUUAUAGUGAAGGACGACCAGUAUCAUGGGCACUACUUGCUCCUUCAUUAACGCCGCGUGGUUCAGGAAGCAUAUCAAAUCCAGGGUUAAGGCUUUACAAAUUUGAUUCUAACACAGGAAAGGUAUUAGAUUACACUCAGUAUUAUUUAGAUAUAACGAACACGAGAGGAGAGCUGCACUGGGCGAUAGAGUAUAAUUUGACGCAGUAUUACGGACUGAGGGAGAUUAGUGCAACUUCUUUAGAAACGCUCGCAGAAAGAAUUCGAAAUCACAACGACCGUACACUUUUUACGAAGUACCUCUCAGCUCUUCGCGUGCGUCAUACUCCUGAGAUAUCCGAGUGCGACGGAACGUGCGUACACGUCCACUACUGCGCAAUCACUCGCGCAGACUACCACGACUUCCGCGCAUGCGUGCGCAACCCCGCUUCCGCGCUAGCGUCGCGAGCGCCGCACACAUCCGCUGCGGUCAUAUUAUACGCUAUACUUAUAAUCAUUUCAUCUUAGACAAAUUGUAAUUUAUUUUAAUUUCAAUAAAUAUUUACAUAUGAUUCGUCAAAUCAAUAGCUUUUUGUAACUGUAUAUAUUUUUUAA